UACACAAAAUGCCUAUUGUUCAUUAAAAUUUGAGAUAUUUUAACAUUAUAGCUCUAUUAUGUAUUAAAUAUGAGUAAACAUUCAUUAUCUUUAUUAUAAAUGUUGGCGGGAAGUGUUUACAUCAGCUGAUCACUUCCUCUCUUUAUCUUAAAAAAUUUAUUUAAUAUGGCAGAACGACCUGAAGACCUGAAUCUGCCAAAUGCAGUAAUUACACGCAUUAUUAAAGAUACACUGCCUGAAGGUGUGGCAGUGGCUAAGGAGGCUCGAAGUGCUAUUGCUAAGGCUGCUUCAGUAUUUGUUCUUUACACCACUUCUACAGCCAACAGCUUAGCUCAGAAGAACAAAAAGAAGACAGUCAGUGCACAGGAUGUUUUUACUGCCAUGAAAGAGAUGGAAUUUGAAAAAUUUAUUGAACCAUUGCAAGAAAGCUUAGAAGUGCAUAAGAAGUCUCAGCAAAGUAAAAAGGAACAAAAAGAAGCCAAAGCUAAAGCCAAGAAAACUGAAGUGGCAGACAAGAACACAAGUUUUACCGAAGAAGGUAACACAGGGGUGACUAUAAUGGAUAUUACAGAGACUGGAAAAGAAAAUGGUGUUGAGCUACAGAAUGUAUAGGUAACAGACUGAGUAAAAAAAAAUAUGAAGUUAGAAACUAUUAAACUACAAACCUAUGCAUUUUAUUUUUAAUAUACAUUAUUUUUAUUAAUUGAUCAGUGCUAAAUAUAGGAAACUUGUAA